CAUGGCGAAAACCCUUAUUCUCUCCGUUUUUUCACUCCUCUCUAUUCUAUUAGCCACAUCGUACGCGCUGCCAUUAUCGACGGAUUCACGGUGGAUCGUCGAUGAAUCGGGGCAGCGCGUAAAGUUAGCGUGCGUAAACUGGCCAUCACACGUUGAGUUAAUGGUAACAGAAGGCCUAAACGAGCAACCAGUUGAUGCAAUAUCAAAAAAGAUUAGAGACAUGGGGUUUAACUGUGUUAGACUAACUUAUCCUAUUUAUUUGGCCACGAAUGAUACUUUAGCUUCUAUUAGUGUAAGGCAAACUUUUCUCAAUGUUGGCCUUCCGAAUAGAACUAUUGCUAAAUUUCAAGCAUAUAAUCCCUCCAUUGCAGUGGUGACAAGCCUAGGAAAAAACAAGGUGAUGGUGAUUUUAGAUAAUCAUGUUAGUAAGCCACAAUGGUGUUGCAAACAAACGGAUGGUAAUGGCUUCUUUGGUGACAAGUACUUCAAUCCUGAACUUUGGAUCAAGGGCUUGACAAAUAUGGCAACUCGAUUUCGAGAUAAUCCAUAUGUUGUUGGCAUGAGUUUAAGAAAUGAACUCCGGGGACCUAAUCAGAAUGCUAAUGAUUGGUACAAGUACAUGCAACGAGGGGCGGAAGCUGUGCAUAAAGCCAACCCGAAUGUACUAACCAUCCUCUCCGGCCUAAGCUACGACUCAGACUUAAGCUUUGUCGCAAAUCGACCAGUAUCUUUAAGUUACACCAACAAAUUAGUUUUUGAGGUACAUCAAUACGCCUUCUCAAACGGAAGAGUUUGGGAAGGUAUAAAUGUAGAUGAAGUUUGUGGGAACAUGACAAAAAACCUUACUGAUGGAGCAGGAUUUUUGGUUGAUCAAGGUUUCCCUCUAUUUGUAAGUGAGUGGGGAGUAGACUUAAGUUACUUUGGUAAAAGGGACAAAAGGUUUACGAAUUGUUUCCUUGCUUGGAUGGUUGAACAUGACUUAGAUUGGGCAUUAUGGGCAUUAACUGGGAGCUAUUAUUUGAGAGAAGGCCAAGUUAAUGCGAAAGAGCAAUUUGGAAUACUAGAUCCAAAAUGGACUCAUAUUCGUAAUGAAAGAUUUUUACAAAGGAUAUCGGUUAUUCAAUACCCUCGUCAAGGUCCAGAAGCAUCAUUUCGCAACAAACACAAGAUGAUAUUUCACCCCUUAACAGGACUUUGCAUCCUAAGCAAACCUGGGAUGGAGGUGCAGCUUGGAAAUUGCUCAAAAUCCAACCAUUGGAACCACACACCUGAAAAUACCCUAGAAAUUAAGGGCUCAUACCUCUGCUUAAAGGCACAAGGUUUAAACCUCCCAGCGAAGCUCAGCACCAGCUGUCGCGGAGAAGGAACGAGUUGGGCUCCGAUAUCAGACUCAAAGCUCCAUCUUGCCACUACAUUGAGCAAUAACAGUACUGCUUGUUUGGAUGUUGAUUCUCAAAACAAUCUCAUUACAACAUCUUGCAAGUGCUUAAGUGAAAAAAACAAGUGUGAUCCUGGGAGCCAGUGGUUCAAGAUUGCUGAUGUUUCUGACUUGAUUUCUAGUUAG